AUUGACGUAUAAAUUGUACAUAAUAUACCUAUAGCAUAAUAUAAUAUAAUAUUAUUUAAGGUCUAUUGGCUAUAAUAUUAGUUGUAAAUAUUUGUUUCCAGCAGUUGCCAGUUGUUACUUGUUAGUUGUUACAUUUAGCUACUCGUCUAGUCGUCGGUUGUUUUUGUUCGCUAAUAAUUAACUCGUUAGUUGUUUCACGUCUUAAUUUUAUACCGCACGUUUGAUACUUUGAUUCUGUUUAGUGAUAACUAUUAACGAUGCGUUAUUAAAUAUUUUUAUUGUGUUUUCCAUUUCACAUUUUCAGAAGUGUCAAACAACUACAACAAUAAUUAUGACGACUAAAAGUUUUUACUUGCGUUUAUCUUUUGUUUUUCUUACAAUAUCCACAGUAUCUCCUCAUGAAGACAAUUUUUAUAAAAUUUCCCCACAAGAUAAGACUUUUUUAGAAACCGAUAUAAUUACAUUUCCAAGUGUACGAAUAAAAAGAUUAGCUGAAUCGAGUGUAACUAAUACUAAUACUACUACUCAACAAAAAAAUAUUUCUAUUCAAGCAAUCGUAGACAAAAACAAUGGAACAAAACAAAAAAAACAAGAAACAAAUACACUAAACACUUCACUUGUUAUGAAUGAUACUGAUAAGGUUUUUGGAAAGAAUUUAACUUCAGUGACUCAUGAACCUCCAAUUCAGGCGAGUUCUGAAAAUAUAAGUUAUAUAGGAACACCCACGCCUAUAUCUCUGCCAGUUGAUUUAGAAUUUCCUUCAGCGAUUACCAAUGAAACACUUAAAAACCAUAAUAUUACCAAAUCAAAAAAUGAUUCUCAUAUAUACUACAAUAGUACAACAAUUAACAAUAUCAAGGUAUUUAAUGAUUAUUGGGUUGAUUUGAAGAACCAUCCAGAUGCAAAUAUCCAUGAUAUGUUAUCAGAUUCUCAUCGCAGAGCUGCAACUAUCAACUUGAAGUUUCAGUUCCCCUUCUAUGGACAUCUAUUAAACUCUACUACAAUUGCAACUGGAGGUUUUUUAUAUUUAGGAGAAUACAUUCAUUCGUGGUUAGCAGCCACUCAAUACAUAGCGCCUUUAAUGGCCAAUUUUGAUUUAAGUUCAUCAAAUUAUUCAAACAUUUAUUACAUGGAAAAUGGUACUGCAUUAACAGUUACUUGGCAUAAUGUCACUUUACAAGAUAAACCUAAAGUUGGAGGAUUCACUUUUCAAACAACUUUACAUUCAAAUGGAAAUAUUGUGUUUGCUUACAAAAAUGUACCAACUAAAAUCAAAGAAAUUGAUUCUACAAAUCAUCCAGUGAAAAUUGGACUGUCUGAUGCAUAUGUAUUAGAUAAAACAAUAUUUUUUGUCAGAAGAAAAACUAUUUAUGAAUAUCAUAGAGUAACAUUCCAUGAAGAUGAAGUAACAGAUGGAACUGUUAUAAUUUUAACUGCAUUGCCAACAUGUCUAGAGAAGAAAAAUUGUACUAGUUGUAUUAAAAAAGACACAAAUUUCCAAUGUUUCUGGUGCGACAACCGAUGUUCAUCAGGAGUUGAUCGCAAUCGUCAAGACUGGCACCAGAAAGAUUGUGAGAAAUUGAAGCUUGUUAAUGAAGAUAUGUGUACAUCUGGAGUGACCACUGUUACUCCUCCUGUUGUUGAUAAUUCUAGUGUUGAAUCAUCUGUUAAAUCUGAAUCUCAUACAAAUUCUUCAUCUUCUAGUACAAGUUUAUUCUUCAUUGCAUUAUGUGUUUCAUUACUUUUAAUGUCACUAGUCUGGAUAUUUUACGCUUAUUUAAAUCCACAUACACGAUCUGGGCAAAUGCUAAUAAGAUAUCGACCAAAUCAGUGGGGUUGGGGAAAAGGAGAAGCUCGCUAUACAGCUGCUACCAUCCAUAUGUAAAAAGAAACAAGUAAUGACAUCAUCCAAAUAACUGACAACAGAAAGUGUUGGGAGUUUGGUGUUAAAGUUAUAAAUAUGGAAUAUUAAAUUGAUAACAAAAAAAAAACAUCCGUAACGGUGAUUUUUGAAAAUAACUAAGUUUUUAGUGAAAAUAUGAAUCAUAAGUAUAUAUAUAUUAUUUUGCAUUAUGCAGCUAAUGUUAUUUUCUUACUUCAAUAAACUAACCUAUUGUUACUUAAAACUUUUAUUUUAAAAUUUUUAUAAAUGUUAUUCAAUUUAUUAUAUGUAUGGGUCCUAAAAUGGGAAGAUAGAUUUUUGGAUUUAACGUAAACCAUUAUUUGUUCUGUAUGGAACUUUGUAGUCAUACAUUUUAUUAAUGAUUGCAAAAGUUUAACAAUUUUGAAAAAUAGUCACUCACAUAUCUCAUUACUUUGAAAACUUUUUUCAGUGUCUUAGUAUAUAUUGUAUUAUACAUGAAUCAUUCAAAUGGUAUUCAUAGAAUAUUUUUUACAAAUUUUCUACGUAUCUUGUUUCUAUUAUACGCUUUUUUUUAUAACAAGUAACAACUAAUUAAACAUUUUCAAAUUUGUAUACGCUAUUAUAGUACCUAGUUAAAAAAUAAAAUUUUUUUACAUACACUUGCCUAUAAGUUAUUUUUUUUUUUGAGAAUAAAAUAACAGUUGUUCAGUAUACUACCACAAAAUAUCUCUAUGAUGAAGUAUAAUAAAUAAAUAGUAAAUACCAUACCAUUUAUUAAUAAUUCUCAACUCAGUAUAAUUUAAUCCACUUAGUUAUUAUUUUAAAUCUAAUUUUAAAAACGCAUUAACUUAAUUUUUUCAAAUAGCUAUUAUUCCUAAGACUUUGUUAAGGAAACUCAGCACUUUCAUUACCUGGUAUGAUAUGCAUGUAACUAGGGUUCUUAUUUGAUACACCAAUGUCAAACGUAGGUGACACGGUAUUCUUUCUUUUCUUAUAUAAUUUGUAUACACUGGUUUAUUUAAACCAUUAUGAAAAUGUUCAUGUUUUUUUAUUUAAAACAAUUAUUAUCUACUGAUAUGAUUAGUUUAUAAAUUGUGUUAUUUGAAACCACUUGAUGCAACAUGGUUUACCCAAGAAAUCUCAGUUUUAACAUUUCAGACAAAUAUAAUUAUAAUGAACUAAAAGGCCUCCUGUUGCUUCACUUGUCCACUUUUAACUCAACUGUCAUUUGUAUAAUUUUUAAUAAUAAAAACAAAAAAUGAUUGUAUUGAUAUUAUUUUUAGUUGCAAUAAAAAUAGUGUUAUUCACUAAAAAAAUAAUUUCUUAUAUAUUAGAGAGAUGUAGCCUAUUGAACAACGUCCUAAAUAUUUUUACGGAUACAUAUUUUAAUUGUUUUUGUUGUAAUAGAACAAUAUGUAAUAUGAUUAUGCACGCGGCAUAAUUAGGGACGGGAAGCAUAAGGAUUUAUUCUCUUUGGGGCUGAGUUUUUAUAUAAAUUGUAAUAUUUUUAUUGAUAAAACAAACAUUUAUAUCUUUAUUAUUGUAUUCAAUCGCCUCUCAUUGAAUAAUUCUAAUUACACCGCCGGGUUACGCACAUUUUAUAUUGUACUUGUAUGUUCCAAUUUUUUUUAUAACACAAGUAAAAUAUAUUGAAAUAGUGAUA